AUGAAUAAAACUAAUCCAUUAGGCUUACUCGUAAACUACGGUGAUUCUGAUGAAGAGUUGGAGGAUGCUUCGCCGGUUAAACAGAUACCCCAUUGUGCACCUGCGCCUGCUGCGUUGCCCUCGAGCUAUGCGAACCACCACGCGUCUGCUGCCAUUCAUCCUCCGCCAAUUUCACAUUGUCCUUGGUCUGCCUGUUAUGAUGAAAACAGUGGUUUCACAUACUAUUGGAAUCAACAAACAAAUGCAGUCACUUGGGAAGCUCCACCAGAGUACUUGUUAGCCCUUAAAUUGGCACAACAGCAUUUGACAACAUCAGGAAACACAGAGGUAUCAGCGGAAGAAUGGCAGCUGUACCAGCAAGCGUUAGUGGAAAAGCAAAAUUCAAAUAAAAUACCAAAAAUUACCACAAAACCUAGUAAAAUCAAUGAAAAAUUCAAAGACAAAAAGAAUUUUAAGAAGAGACCAUCUAAUGACAGUGACGAUGAAUAUAAAAUAGAACUGAUAACAUCCUACCAUAAUUCAGAUUCUGAGUCCAAUGAUGAACAAGAAAGUCCAAAGAUACCUUUGCCGUCAUCAAAACCGGUACCUAAACAAGUCCCAGCGAAACCAGUAGUUAAAAGACAGAAAACCAAGGCAGUCGAAUUUGGACCCUCGUUGCCAGAGAGUCAAAGUUAUUCAGCACCUAUCGGACCUGAAUUACCACCAGGUUUAGUUGUUGAAAAGCCAAAGCCCCCGGAGGUUAAAUUAAGUGAAGAAGUUAGGGAACCGCAAAUAAAAUCCACAUCGAAAGCUGGCGACGAAGACAGCGAAGAAGAGAACGAAUUAUUAAAACAGCUCAAAGACAAAGCAAAACUAUUGGAAAAACUCGGCGGAGAUAUACCGUCCGAGUUACAAAAGAUCCUAAAGGAAGAUUCUUCGAGAACCGAUUCACCGACAUCAACAAAAGAUCUGGAUAUCGAUGAACUUCUACAGGAGAUUGAAAAGAAAGAGUUACCAAAAAUAGCAAAAAUUGAGAUUUUCGAUAAGAAUAGUGCUUCCAAUUCGCCAAAUCCUCAUCCGCCCGAGGAGCUCAAAGAGAACGGACCUGCGUUAUUUCCCAGCGCAAUAAAUAUAACAAAGGAACCGAUCCCUUUACCCGAACAGGCUCAAGAGAAAAAGGAAAACAUUUAUCUAUCAAACACGACGGAACCGAGAAAGAAGCUGAGAAUAUCUAACUCGGUCCUCCCAAAGACACAAAAAAUAGAAGUACCCGAGUACACGACGAAAUAUAGUCAGUUCAUCGAAGGGUUCUCGAACGAACGAACCGGCCUCGGCUUCAGCAAAGACGAAGACCACGAAGGUGGCGAUUCCAAAGAGGCCAUCCAUUACGGAAACGGCUUGUUGUUUACGAGGGGAGAAGUGUUGAACGACAAGGACGAGGUCUUGGACGAUUUGGCGGAGUUGGUGGAGGCCAAGUUGAAGUAUUUGGGCCAGGUGCAACCGAGCUCGCUCACCCCGCUCCAAGAGAUGAUGGUUCAGAUGCAGACCCUGGUGUCGGCGUUCCGGGGCGGCGCUCUGACCGCGACCUACUGGCGCCGAUGGGUGGAGGGCGCCGCGCGGGCGCUCACUUCCCACGAGCACCGAGCCGCACCCGCGGGAUGGCUCUGCAUCUUCCAGAGGUCGGAGGCGCGAUACAGCUACAAGCGAGAGGCCGACGGGUUCGUGCAGUGGGAGUACCCCGCUGUCGCGAGCACCGACAUGGACAUUUGCACAACGCCACCACCGCCCGAGACGGCCGUGGAAGAGCCUCCGCCGCCGCCGUCAGCGUCGUCGCCGUCGCGCGUGUUGACCCCGCCGCCGCCGAGUUGGCACGACCCGCCGCCGCCGGGGACCGACGCUCACUUGCCUCUACCGCCGCCGCCGGAGUCUAAGAAACAAAUAGGCGACGAACUUUUAUCUUUCUACAACGAUUUGGCCGAACUGGAAAAGUCCAAUCCGUCAUCGGGCACCAACUCUCCCGAACGGAAAGAGAAGAGCGAAAAGGAAGUAGUGAAAAAGGAGAAGAGAGAGGAGAGCAGAUAUGAGAGGAGCGAGCGAGAUAAAUGUUUGAAAACGCCAAAAGAGGAAAAGAUUAAGAAGAAGACUAAGGUAAAGAUCUCGAGCUCGAUAGGAAUGAAGCAGAAAACAGUCUCUUCCUUGGUCGCGAAGUGGCAGCAGGUUGCCGAAGAGAUUGACUCAGAUUGA